AGUUUAUAUUGUACCAACGAUUUAUUUUUUUAAUAUUUAAUAAUGUUGCGAAAUAAAGUGUUUCUAAAAUGUUUGAAUUCAAUACACCAUAAUCCUACAAAAAAUAUUUGCCAAGGAAUCAAUGCUAAUGGAAGUCUCAAUGCCAAGGCUACAGGAAUUAAUCACAGGGCAAAAAUAAUGGGGAAAUUAUUUGGAAGCCGUGUAUCCGGUAGCAAGAAACAUUGGUAUCCAUCAAAAGACGAAAUUCCUGGUGCAGCUCUUUUUAAUCCAUCAAAACUUGGUAGACCAUCUGGUGUUGGAACUGGCAAAAGUACAACGCGUCGAAUGGUUGUGCUAAAUAAACUUUUCAUGGAGCGUAUUACAGAUUUGUUAGCAACAGGGGAAACAUCUGAAGCCAUAAUUGGCGAAGGCUUACAAAUUACACGUGUUAAAAUAACUCAAAAUUUUGCUUGCAUUAAUGUUUACUGGCUUGGUAAUGGAGACCCCAUUAAAGAAGCAAAACUUGAGAAAGAAUUACAAAAAUGUAGUGGUUUUCUGCGUCAUGAAUUAUCUCAACUAUAUUUAAUUGGACAUAUUCCUCGUAUAUAUUUCAUGCGUGAUAAAACAUUUUCAAAUUUAGCUCAGGUAGAGGGAUUAAUGAAAACUAUAAGUUUCGAAUUAGAAGCAUCUAAUGAUGAUGAGGUUACACAACAUUAUGAUAAUCAUAAUCUAAUGCAACAAGAAUUUUACGGACAGUCUAUAACUUCAACAGAAGAGACCAGCCAAAACGAAGAUAAACUUAGUAUGCCACAAAUGAGACAUGACGUUUUCGGUUUAAAUCAUCGUGAUAUUGUAUCCAAAAUUAUGUCUAAAAUGCGAAAAUCGAAACAAGCGUGGGAUGUCCAUAACAAAUCUGGUAUACUACCUACAGAUAUACAAAGCCUAAAUACAGACAUUGAGAAUGAACGCUUAAAGCAUGGUUUGGAACAAAAUAAAGAUUAUAAUAAAUAUAUCGCACAACGAACAGAUCGGAGAAAUACGCCUCCACGCAAAAAGCACGAGAGGAUGGCAGUUAUGAUGGAUUCGCAAGAUGCAGGCGAUUCACUAGAGCCAAUAAACUUCAAUGAUGGAGAUUAUAUGUAUGAUGAUUGUGAUGAGAAAAAACAAUAAUUUCUAUCCAUUGUCUAAUAAUUUUACAUAACUUUUUACAUUUAUUUGACUUAAAUAAACGA